GACAGCGUCAACUUCGGCUGCAUAUGUGAAGAUUCCUCUUGUGAAGGAAACCGGAAGCUCGUCUUAUCUCGAGUUCAAUCCAAAAGUCGAAUAAUAUGAAAGUGAAGUUGGAUCAAAAAAAGGAGAAAUAAAGCUUGAUCGGACAUGAUGCAAGAACGGGAAGAAUCCGCAGCAAGACGGAGAGGAAGUAUGGAUAACCCUAUAAACAUGUCAGAGGUGAGACUGGUUGUUGUUGGGAGGACUGGAUCAAGGAAGAGCUCCAGUGGAAACACCAUACUGGGAGGGGCAACCUUCACUGCAGAUGUCAGCCGUCUGUCCGUCACUAAACAGUGCUGUAAGCAGACGGGUGAGGUGUGCAACCGGCGGGUGACCAUCAUCGACACCCCCGGCCUCUUCGACACUUCGCAGGAGGAUGAAUAUAUAAAGCGAGAGAUCGCCAAAUGCAUCAACAUGUCGGCCCCGGGGCCCCACGCCAUCCUGCUGGUCAUCAAGCUGGGGCCUUUCACGGCAGAGGAAAGAGACGCCGUCGGGAAGGUGGAAGAGAUCUUUGGAAAGGAUGCCUGGAAGCACACCAUCGUCCUCUUCACAUACGGGGACAGAGCAACGUCAGACUUCCAACAGCUGGUGGAGAAGGCGGGACCCGAGCUGCAGACCAUCCUGGCUAAGGUGGAGAACCGUUACCACGUCUUCAACAACCUCCAAGCCAACGAUCGCGAACAGGUGCUGGACCUGCUGGAGAAGGUGGAGGAGAUGGUCAAUGCCAACGGAGGACGGUUUUACUCCAACUACACCUACGAGGAGGUGUGCGAGAUGCUGCUUAAGAGAGAGGAGGAGCUCAGAGAGUUUUACAUUAAGAAACUGGAGGAAAGUAUCAAAUCGGUGGAGUCAAAGUACGAGAAGAAGCUGAGUGAAGCUCAGCAGGAGCGCCAAAAGGUGGAGAACCGACUGCAGUCCGAGCUGGAGGAGGUGAAGCGGUACUAUCGUGCUUUAGAAAGAGGAGUCCGUCAUGUUGUAGAGCACACAGUGAAGGCUGACUCCAUGGAAGACAUUGUCAAGUUUCAUGAGGCCCUGAAACUAAACUAAAGUCAGCUGGACACUCAACUGUCUUCAUCUGGACGGACAGAUGGACUUUAAAUGAGUUUAAUACUGGACAUAGAUGCAGAAAACUCAACAUGUGUGAGCAGAACUCUUAUUCUGCCCUUGAUCUUUACAAUGAAAAACAUGAUAUCACUGCAGCACAAGUAUAAAUGAGUGGAAAAGUAUAAAAACAACAUAUCUCCUUUGGAAAUGUCUCUUAUUAGAUGUCUUUAUUCCAGCUUGAUGAAGCAGACAGUUACAUUCAACAAUCUUUCAUUCACCUGCCACACAGGUAAACUUCCACCUCCCCAGUUCCUAACUUUAUUGUAUCUGUUGGUUACACAACGAUCACAGAAUAGGGAUGUCUCCCUCCUAUCAUAUUUUUAACAUUCCAGGCAUACAUACUUUAUAUUUACCAUUUGUACAAUAAAAUGUCAUUAAAUCCAGUCAUCCAUCCACCUCACCCUCAUCCACAUGCACACACAUAAACACUGUACACGUUUAUCAAUGGAGUCAUGUUUAAAGGUUGUUUGCCUUUGCAUUUAAUAUCCGUGAGUUAGGAAAGACAAAGCAGAGUACCAUUUGUUUGUUUUUUUCAAGUUCUGACCGCUGCGAGAUGAUUUGUUCUUAAAGCCGAAUGGAGGAGGUGACAUGCAGAUACUGUAUAUUACAGACUGAAACCUCUUAUGUGUUCAGAGGACCCUGGUCCAGUAUUUCAGGAUUACAGGAAGAAAAGGAAGGAGAAGGAUUCAGAGAGAGAUGGAAAGAGGUAGAAGGGGAACUAAAUAUUUACAUUUAAAGAGAAGGUGAAAGGGAGAGCAGUACGAGAAGGACAGAAAAUGGUCAUAGAAUUCCUAAAAAAAACUUUCUUCUUAGGGUCUAAACGUCUAAAGCCAAGCACAGUAGUUUGGUUACUUCUGGUGGUUCCCCAGUGUGGUUCAUACAAGAGUGAAGAGUCUUUACAUGGUCAUAUAGGUACACAUAGGAUAUACAGUACAUUCUCCAACCUCCAAUACUGAUGCUUCCUCUGUAACUGAGGCCCCUUCUUCUUCUUCUUUGGUCUCAGGGAGUCUGUGCAGUAGUGGAACUUUGUAUUAGUUUUAGGAAUUCAGUGUAGGGACAGGAGAAUGUCACCUUUGCAGUAAAGUGGCACAAAUGCAGCUGCAGAGGAAAAUGAGAUACUGAAAAAGUGCAAAGAGUCUUAACAUGUUUUGGUCGCUAGUUAGUUACAUCUAUGUUUUGGUUCUGGACAUAGUGGUGUGGCUUUGGUCCGGAGGGUGUGCGAUUGGAGAAGCCAGAGACCGCAGGUUGGUUUGAGAUGAAGAGAAGCUGGCCCGGGCCGGACCAAGCCAGGCCAGGCCAUCUUUGGCAGGGCCAUGCUGGGUUAGGAAGAGCUCUGCGUUGGGACGGAGAUCGAGUGGA